GGCCCGACCUGCUGCUGCAGCUGGCGGACUGGCUGGCGGAGCAGGGGGCGCAGCUGGUGCUGUUGGGCAGCGGUGCUCCCGACUACGAAGCCGCCCUCCGCGCCGCCGCCGCCGCCCACCCCGACCACGUGGCUGCGCAUGUGGGUUUCAGCCCCCGCCUGGCCCGGCGGCUGCUGGCGGGAGCGGACAUGCUGGUCAUACCCAGCCGCUUCGAGCCGUGCGGGCUGACUCAGAUGUACGGCAUGCGGUACGGCACGGUACCUGUGGCGAGCGGUACUGGGGGGCUGCGGGACACCAUUGAGGACGUGGAG